CAAAAAAUGGUCCUAUUUAUGAUGUUGUUUGGAACCCCAAUUCGAUUGAGUUCUGUGCUGUGUAUGGUUUUAUGCCUGCCAAAGCAACAGUUUUUAAUCUGAAAUGUGACCCUGUGUUUGAUUUUGGAACCGGUCCUCGCAAUGCUGCCUACUACAGCCCCCAUGGACACAUCCUAGUGCUAGCAGGAUUUGGGAAUCUCAGGGGACAGAUGGAAGUGUGGGACGUUAAAAACUACAAACUCAUUUCCAAACCAGUAGCCUCGGAUUCCACGUACUUUGCUUGGUGUCCUGAUGGGGAACAUAUUGUAACCGCAACAUGUGCUCCCAGGCUGCGUGUCAGUAAUGGGUACAAGAUAUGGCACUACACUGGCUCUCUACUACAUAACCACGAAGUUCCAUCAAACGAAGAAAUGUGGCAAGUUUCCUGGCAGCCCUUCUUGGAUGGGGUGUUCCCAGCGAAAACAGUAAAAUACCAGGCCGUUCCUAGUGAAUUGCCCAGUGCUGAGCCAAAGCCUGCCCAAGCGUACAGGCCUCCAGCCCUGAGAAACAAACCUGUAACAAGUUCCAAGCUCCAUGAGGAGGAGCCACCUCAAAACAUGAAACCACAGUCAGGAAGCAGCGAUAAGCCACUCUCUAAAACAGCUCUCAAAAAUCAAAGGAAACAUGAAGCCAAGAAAGCUGCUAAACAGGAGGCAAAAGCUGAUGCAAACCAUGAUUCUACACAGUCCUCAGCAUCACAGAAUGCACCACGGAGUGUUGUGCCUGCCGUUACAUCAGGAGAUCCUGAAGUUGACAAGAAGAUAAAGAAUUUAAAAAAGAAACUAAAAGCAAUUGAGCAGCUGAAAGAACAAGCAGCUGCUGGCAAACAGCUAGAGAAGAAUCAGUUGGAGAAGAUUCAGAAAGAAACUGCUCUCCUUCAGGAACUGGAAGACCUAGAACUGGGCCUUUAAAACUUCAUGGAAAUUCAGUGAGGUGUUAAGAUGAAGUUCAUGCAAAAUUUUAACUUGUAUUAACUUGAACACAUAAAAUGUUUCAGCAAAUGACUGAGGAUGCAAAAGUCCAGUGGUUUGUUGCACACUUGCCUU